CCGGCAAUAAGUCGUCUGAGUAAUUUAAGUGUAGUGUGGAGUGUGUAUCACUUUUAAACUAAUCUUUCAAUAUGACUUUCCUGAGAUGGUUGAUAUUACUUGUGAGUGGCCUAGUUGCCAUCUCAACUAUUGCUGAUUCGGCUGUAAUUACAUUGGAUAACUCAAUUCCAUCUUUAAAUGGCACGUUCAUGUAUUUUGCUUACGGAAGCAACCUGCUCUCGAAUCGAAUUCAUUAUCAGAAUCCUACGGCUGAGCGCAGAACUACCGGAAGAUUGGAGAACUACAGAUUGGACUUUAACGUACAGUCGCGAAAUUGGAAUGGAGCUGGGGCAACAAUAGUUGAAGAUGAUGAUUACCAUGUCUAUGGCGCGAUCUGGGAAAUUGACAUAUCUAAUCUGGAUGAAUUGGAUCGACAAGAAGGUGUCGAUCAGAAUUUGUACAGACCUUUAACGAAGAGCAUUAUAACGCCCACCGGUGGGCAGAUUGAUUGUCGCGUAUAUCAGCAAAUCAAGUACCCCGACGUAUUUUACGAAUUGGAAGACCUACCAGUUGAUCGGCAACCGAGUCGAAGCUAUUUGAAUUGCAUUUUGAAGGGGGCAUACGAAAGUCAGCUGCCAAUUGAAUACAUCUACGAUUUAUGGAAAAUACCACACAACAAUCAGGACGCAAACAAUUUAAGCUUUAGACAGUUGUGUGAUUGAACACCAUGAGUGGACGGAGGAUUUUAGUUUAUCUGGAAACAAACACAACAUUGAAUCGGCUAUAAUAAUGUUGAAGGAAUCAAGAGAAAAAGAUUCAGAAUUCAUUGAAAUGAGAAGGCCAAUGGAACGGAACACUUUGGACGUGCGGAGACUAUGAAGAACUAUCAUUGCCACGAUUUAACAAUAAAAGAA